UCAUCCACCAUGCAACGUACAAUGAUGCUGAGCAAGCGGCAGCUACAGAGCCUCUGCCGCACCGGUCUAACGCGUUACGAUGCGCCCCGGUUGGCAGUCUCCCUGCAGGGUAAUCUUCAGCUUCAGCGCUAUCUGGCUACAGUAGAGGAGCUGUUUCCCAACAAGCCGGACUUUGCCUCACGGCAUAUAGGGCCACGUAAAACUGACGUCGUUACCAUGCUGAACUCGAUCGGAUUCAAGUCGCUGGAUGAACUGUCCGAGAAAGCCGUCCCGAAUGCGAUCAAGUUUAAGCGGAUACUCAACAUCGAAGAUCCUAUGAACGAACACGAACUGAUCGAACGAAUCCAGCAAAUUUCCGACAAGAAUGAGAUCUGGCGCUCGUACAUCGGCAUGGGCUAUCACAACUGUCUCGUACCGCAUCCAAUAUUGCGAAACAUCUUCGAAAAUCCGGGCUGGACGACACAGUACACGCCCUACCAGCCCGAGAUCAGUCAGGGACGGUUGGAAUCGUUGCUAAACUUCCAAACGCUCGUAACCGAUCUGACCGGGCUGGAGAUCGCUAAUGCGUCAUUGCUGGACGAGGGUACGGCUGCGGCGGAAGCGAUGAGCCUCUGCUUCCGCCACAACAAACGCCGCAAGGUGUUCCUAUCGCGCAAGCUUCACCCGCAAACUGUGGCCGUGGUCAAGACGCGCCUGGAAGCGUUCGGUAUUGAGGUGGUGUUUGGGUCGGUUAAGGAGAUCGACUUUGGAGAUCACGAAAUCUCGGGCGUGCUGAUGCAGUACCCGGACACGUUCGGUGACGUGCAGGACUUUGAGCAGGUGUCCAAGGAUUGCAAAAAGAAUGGAACGCUCGUGGUGGUGGCCACGGAUUUGCUCGCCCUCACGCUACUUCGGCCACCGGCAGAGUUUGGUGCAGACAUUGCUAUCGGAUCGGCCCAACGGUUAGGUGUGCCGCUUGGUUACGGAGGUCCUCAUGCGGCGUUCUUUGCCUGCCGGCAGAAACUAACCCGAUUGAUCCCUGGACGCAUGAUUGGUGUGACGCGCGAUAUGGAUGGUGAGGAUGCGUACCGGCUGGCGUUGCAAACACGCGAACAGCACAUCCGACGUGACAAGGCUACGAGUAACAUCUGUACGGCACAGGCACUGCUCGCCAAUAUGGCCGCCAUGUACGCGAUCUAUCACGGACCGGAGGGGUUGAAGAACAUUGCCAACCGGGUGCACAACUGUGCGCUCACGCUAAACGCCGGUAUCGAGAAGGCCGGCCAUCAGCAGCUAAACAAGGCGUUCUUCGAUACGCUACACGUGGUCCCGAACGGCAUGACGACAGCUGAGAUAAAGGCCCGUGCAGAAGAGAAGAAGAUCAAUCUGCGCUACUUCGAAGAUGGUUCGAUUGGUGUUUCCAUGGACGAGACGGUCAAGACGUCUGAUAUUGCCGAUCUUCUGUGGGUGUUUGGAUGUCCGGAUAUCGACAGUUCUGUGGCCGAUCCACAAGCGACCGGACGCACCAUUCACAACACUCAGUUCAAGCGAACCUCACCGUUCCUGACGCAUCCGAUCUUCAACAAGCAUCACAGCGAGUCGCGCAUGGUACGGUACAUGAAGCAGCUGGAAAACAAGGACAUUUCGCUGGUCCACUCGAUGAUUCCUCUGGGCUCGUGUACGAUGAAGCUUAACUCGACAACGGAAAUGAUUCCCUGCUCGUUCCCGAAGUUUACCGAGAUUCAUCCGUUCGCUCCACGUGAACAGGCCCAAGGAUACAUGCAGAUGUUUGCCGAGCUGGAGAAGGACCUUUGUGAGAUUACCGGGUACGAUAAGAUAUCGUUCCAGCCGAACAGUGGCGCUCAGGGUGAGUACGCCGGUCUGCGAGCCAUCCGAAGCUAUCACGAGUCACGCGGAGAAAAACAGCGUACGAUCUGUCUGAUCCCGAUCAGUGCGCACGGGACGAAUCCUGCUUCGGCGCAGAUGGCCGGCAUGAAGGUGGAAGCGAUUCGCGUGAACAGUGCAACCGGUGUGAUCGAUAUGGAACACCUUAAAGAGAAGGUUGAGCAACAUUCGGAGAACCUAUCCUGUCUGAUGCUCACCUAUCCGUCCACGAACGGUAUCUUCGAGGACAAUGUGGUGGAAGUGUGCGAACUGGUACACAAGCACGGUGGCCAGGUGUAUCUUGACGGUGCAAACAUGAACGCACAGGUUGGACUAUGCCGUCCGGGAGAUUUCGGUAGCGAUGUGUCCCAUCUGAACCUGCACAAAACCUUCUGCAUUCCGCACGGCGGUGGAGGCCCGGGAAUGGGUCCGAUCGGCGUAAAAUCGCAUCUGGCACCAUUCCUUCCAACCCAUCCAGUCAUCGACCCACAUCCAGAUAUGGACGGAAACAGCUUUGGUGUGGUUAGUGCCGCCCCGUACGGUUCAUCGGCCAUUUUGCCCAUCUCCUGGUCGUACAUUAAGCUGAUGGGUGGUCGAGGAUUACGCCGAGCUACGCAAGUUGCCAUCCUAAACGCAAACUACAUGUCCAAGCGACUCGAAAACCACUACAAAACGCUCUACACCGAUCCCACCACGGGACUGGUGGCGCACGAGUUUAUUAUUGAUGUACGAGACUUUAAAAAGACGGCCAACGUGGAAGCGGUGGACAUUGCAAAACGUUUGAUGGAUUACGGUUUCCAUGCACCGACCAUGUCGUGGCCAGUGUCCGGCACACUUAUGGUAGAACCGACCGAAUCCGAGGACAAGGAAGAGUUGGACCGAUUCUGUGAGGCGAUGAUAUCGAUUCGGAAAGAGAUUCACGAAAUCGAGGAGGGACGGUUGGACGUCCGAGUAAACCCGCUCAAAAUGGCACCCCAUACACAGAAGCAAACCAUCUCAUCCGAAUGGAACCGACCCUACCCACGCGAACUGGGAGCGUUCCCGGCGCCAUUCGUAAAACCGGAAACGAAAAUUUGGCCCACGGUUGGACGCAUUGACGACCUGUACGGUGACAAGCAUCUGGUCUGCACCUGCCCUCCAAUGGUACCGGAUUAUGAGUGAAAAUUUACUCUCCUGUGAAUCUUCUUCGACCUGCC